UAUUUCAAAAAUGUAAUUCCUAUUAAAUGGACUUAGGUUUUCACACACUGGCUGCCUUGUUCUGUGUCUCCAUAGCCACCCACUUUACGUCAGGAAGGGAAGCCAGUGUAUUUCCUCCCCUUCUUUAUCUAAAGGAAGUGCCAAAAUAAGCACCAGCAGCCGAGCGCCCGAGCUUGGACACCUUUUCCACUGGCGACACAGUUGGAGUCUGAGGGCAAAGUCAGAGGGGAUCGCGGCUGCUGAAUCACCAUGAAGACUGCCAGGGUUCUUGUCCUCCUACUGCUAGCAUCUGUCCAUGUCUUCACGCCAGGUUCAUCAGAUGAGUCAGUCGACACAGGAAACAAGACGCAAGAACAGGUGCUUACAACGGCAGAGGCGGGAAUGGCAACAGGUUCACCAGAUGAGUCAGUCGACGCAGGAAACAAGACGCCAGAACAGGUGCUUACAACGGCAGAGGCGAGAAUGGCAACGGGUUCACCAGAUGAGUCAGUCGACGCAGGAAACAAGACGCCAGAACAGGUGCUUACAACAGCAGAGGCGAGAAUGGCAACAGGUUCACCAGAUGAGUCAGUCGACGCAGGAAACAAGACGCCAGAACAGGUGCUUACAACGGCAGAGGCGAGAAUGGCAACAGGUUCACCAGAUGAGUCAGUCGACGCAGGAAACAAGACGCCAGAACAGGUGCUUACAACGGCAGAGGCGGGAAUGGCAACAGGUUCACCAGAUGAGUCAGUCGACGCAGGAAACAAGACGCCAGAACAGGUGCUUACAACGGCAGAGGCGGGAAUGGCAACAGCAAAAACUAACCCUUCAGCACCAACCACUGGGAUGCCUCAUCCACCUACAGAAAAGCCUACAAACCACAGGACAAACGUGACCAUUAUAUCUCCAGCUGUUCCCCGGACAGACGAUGAAACUUUGAAAAAUGACACUUGGCAACCAAGACUGUCUCACACUCCAAAACAAGGCAACCACUCUGAGACAGGGAUAAAGACUUCAUCUGCUCCAGGACACAGUGAGAGCACUGAAAAACCAAAAAAAAGCAAAGGCACAAAUACUCCAGUCCCAGAGAUACCUCAAGUCAAUACAGAAAAGAAUGGAAAUAAUGGUGCUGAUUCUCAGAUGGAUGAUAAGAAAACCAAAUUCCCCCAAUCAGACCGAAGGCUGUGGUGGAUUCUGCUGCCUGUCGUCUUGGUUGUAGCUGCUGCCGCCAUCAUCCUCAAAUUCAAAUGCAAGAAGGUCAACGAUCACACAGAAACCAUUGAUACUGGAACUGAGAACGCGUCUUUCCAGAGCAGGCCUGAAAGCACCAAAGAUGGUGUCAUGCUCCUCGGAGUCAAGUCGUCAGGUGGAGAAGAAAAUGCUGCUGCGAGAUAAAAAAGAAGAGAGGUAACAUCAAAAUCAGCGGAUGAGUCACAGCUUUCACCCACAUACUGAUCUUGUGGAGGAACUGUUUAGAUGUUUAAUUUGUUUUUGUUUUUUUGUGAAUUUUGUGAAACAUUUUGUGAAGCAGAAAAGUAUUGAACAACGGUUUUCAUGUAUGAUUCUGUGUGCUGAAAACAGUUUUAUGAAGCAGUGGGGGAGACUGUGAUCAUAAAACUCAGAAUAAGGAAACUUAUUCUCAACCAGUAAGGACUGAAAACUGCAAAUCUCUUUGAAAUGCUAGUAUAAGCUAGAUUUUCAGUAUACUGUUGAUGCAAACCUAAAUACAGCUGCAAAGCUCAUUUCUGUCUACAUGUUGGACCACAAAACACGUUUUCUGUAAAGUGCACUGACCUCGGAUCCAUCAUAUAUUUGAUGUAAUAAAUCACUGUUCAUUUCAUAGUUUUAUAAUUAUCCUUUGGUUGUGUUGUUACUCGUAGGAUUAUGAUGGUUUCUUGCAUUUGUUUGUUUUGUGUGUGUGUGUGUGUGUGUGUGUGUGUGUGUGUGCGUGUGCGUGUGCGUGUGUGUCUGUGUGUUUGUGUGUGUGUGUGUGUGUGUGUGUGUGUGUGUGUGUGUGUGUGUGUGUGUGUGUGGUUCCUUAAAUAUCACCAAAAGAUGGUUAAGAACAGGCUCUUUUGAGAUGUACUCCAUUUUUACUUUUUACGUAUCUCGGUAAAGUAUUUUUUAAAAGGGGGUGGUCCCCAAUAGGCUUCUCCACUGGAAACCUUUUUUUAGGCCAACAAUCUUACCUAACAGGACAAUACUGUACAUUCACCACCAAUUUUGUGUGUGCAUGUGGCUAAACUCAAAGUAAUAAAAAGUGUUUUACAGUAAUGGUGGUUUUUCAGUACAUGUAACAUUAAAGCACAGGGAAUAAGUAAAGCAGAUGCAGAGGAUUGUAUUUAAAGACACUGGAACUGUUUCAUGGCUGGAAUUUGUUGUUCAGUUUCCUCAAUAAAUCACUAAAAAUGG